AUGAAGUUUUCCGGUCUUCUUUUCUCAGUAGCCAUUGCUGCUGCUGCUCCUGCGUUCGUGCUCGAAGAGAACUUAAACUCAUCCACCACCGAGAUUUCUUUCUCGUGGGACGCUACUUGGAACCAGGAUUUUGAGAUCCAUAAAUCUUGCAAUCUGACCCAAAGGAACCAAUUGGUGCAGGCAUUCACUGAGACCAAGUUAUUGGCUCAGCAUGCCAAGGAGCAUACGCUUCGGUUUGGAAACCUGUCCAAAUUCUACCGCAAGUACUUUGGAGAUGCACCUUCUGGAGAAGUGGUUGGGCUUUACGAAAACGUGAUUUCUGCCAACAAAACUGGAGUCUUGUUCAGAUGCGACAAUAUCGAUGGAAAUUGUGAUCUCGAUGGUUAUGCUGGACACUGGAGAGGUUCUAAUGGAACCGAUGAGACGGUUAUUUGUGAUCUUUCUUACACUUCCAGACUCUUUUUGUCCCAAGUUUGCUCGAGAGGAUACACUGUAGCAGGAUCCAAGAACACCGUUUUCUGGGCUGGUGAUUUGCUUCAUAGAAUAUGGCACACCGACAAAAUUGGUCAGGGCGUUGUAGGACACUAUGCCGACACCUAUAACGAGUGCUUGGACCUCGCAAAAAACAAUGCAACUUAUGCCAUUAGAAAUUCCGCCAGUUUGAGAUACUAUGCCAUGGACGUAUACGCUUAUGAUAUUGCUGUUCCGGGCAAGGGAUGCACGGGAAAGGCACCAAAAGACACUACUUCGACCAGCCAAGCUUCAGCUGCUUCAGAAACUGCUUCAGAAACUGCCACUAAAAGCAAGGAAACUGGCUCGGACCAUGGAUCUGAAUGUCACACUCAUGCCAACGGAGAAACCCACUGUGUUUGA